AUGCGGAGCCUCGCGCGGGCGUUCACCACCGCCACCGUCUCGCGCGCAACCUCGCACGCACCCUUGCACGAAACCGAGUCGUCAGCUUCGUCGGCUCUGGCGGCAGCUCUUCGAGUGGUAGCGGUCAUUCCCGCGCGCGCCGGCUCAACCCGGCUUCCAAACAAGCCGUUGGCGAAUUUGACGCCUGAUCUGGAGACAAAAUGGACGGUCAUCGAUGCGGUUGUCUCGGCGGCCAUGGACGCCGGUGAGCUCGACGACGUCAUUGUGGCAACCGACUCGCCCGACAUCGCGGCCGCGGCCGACGCUGCUGGCGCGCAUGCUGUCCUCACCCCGGCUGACUUGCCCACGGGCUCGGAUCGAGUCCAUCACGCCCUACGCCAGCUCCAUGCCUCGCGCCAUCCGUCGGUUCGCUCGCUUGCGGGCGUCGUCAACCUGCAGGGCGAUGAGCCGUUUGUCGAUCCGCACCUCAUUGACGCCCUCGCUGCCGAGCUCCGCGCCGCCGCCGCCGCUACCGCGCACUCGCACGCCUCGGCGCCCGACAUUGUCACCGCCGCCGUCGAGCUGCCAGAUGGUAUUGCGCCUCCGGAUCUUGACAUGGUCUCGGUCGUCGUCGACCACGCCUCGCGUGCGCUAUACUUUUCCCGCGCUGCGCUCCCGGCCGCCGCGCCGCACGCCGACACUGCUUCGCACCCUUCCCCGCCGCCAUUUCUCGCCCACCUCGGCAUCUAUGGCUACACUCUGCCUGCGCUUGACGCCUUUGUCGCCGCGCCGCGGCCCUGGAUCGAGCAGCGCGAGAUGCUCGAGCAGCUCCGCGCCCUCUAUCUCGGCCUCCACAUCCACGUCGUCACCACCACUCCGCCCAACACGCUCUUUCCCUGGCCUCCCAUCGCCAUCGACACCCCUGACGACCUCCACCGUGCCCGCUCAUGGCUCGCGUCCCGCAACCAACCGGCGACCAGCGGAGGACCAGCACCCGCAAGCAUCACCUCCUGAUUUCGUGCGUUUGCACACGAAAAACAGGUCACACGCUUUGCAACGGCGCGUGCGGGAAGAAACGGCAUUCGACUCGCUCUUCAUUACGCGUGCGUUCUUCCCUCCCUCC